CUGCGCGCUCCCGUAACCGUGUCGCCAUUUUGAUUCGAAAAAUAUGACUGAGUUUUUCCUGCUUUGCAUGCUAAACUUAGCCCCGCGUUUGAAUUACUUUGAGCGUGAGUACGGAUCAUACACUCUGUAUCUGAAUUAACCCGCAUUGAUAGUAAUGCCAAGUAGCCAUUAAUGGAGGGGAAGUGUUUAUUUGCUAGUCCCUAGAGUCACAUUUGACUAACGUUAGCUAAGUUGAGCUAGCUAACAGUAGCCCGUGCUGUCGCAGACUGACCCCUUCAAAACAAAUCACUAUUCACUCCCAGGCUAAUGUGUGGGGGCUAACACGGCCAGCUAAUAGUUAGCUGGGUAGCUAGUGACUUAGGAGCUCGGCGUUUGACGAAAAACAUCAGUUCAAUACGGGCGGGAGGAAUAGCAGCGGACGUACAGCUAAAGGUUAUGGUGAGCCUCUCAGCGUCCCAUCUCCUAAAGAGGCCUAUGUUUUAAGAGGAGACCCAUGCUGAUAAAUGCCAGGCCUCGCCACACUCUCUGUUGUCUGCACAAACACAAAUGCCUGCCUGCCCGUGGGGGAGGUCUGAUUAAAGAUAUCCACAUUUCAUCCACUGGGCUGUGUCCCCCGUCCCAGCGGCCACCAUGUUUUGGAAGUUUGACCUGCACACCACCUCCCACAUUGACCACCUGCUGGACAAGGAGGACGUGACGCUGAGAGAGUUGAUGGAGGAAGAUGACGUCCUGCAGGAGUGCAAGGCCCAAAACCGCCGGCUGCUUCUCUUCCUUUCCCAGGACCACUGCAUGCAGGAGCUGGUCAGCCUCAUCACCACAGAGCCACCUGCUGAUCUGGAGGAGAGGAGCCGCUUUAAGUUUCCUAAUAUUGCUUGUGAGCUCCUGACCUCAGAUGUGUCUAUCAUAAAUGAUAAGCUGGGUGGAGAUGAGUCUCUCCUGGAGAUGCUCUACCACUUCUUGGAGCAGGAUCCGCCCCUCAACCCCUUACUGGCCAGCUUCUUCAGCAAAACUAUUGGCAAUCUCAUUGCCAGGAAAACCGAACAGGUUAUUACCUUUCUAAAGAAAAAAGAGGGCUUCAUUGGUCUGGUGCUGAAACACAUUGACGCCUCUGCCAUGAUGGACUUGCUUCUUCGCCUCAUCAGCUGUGUAGAGCCUGCUCCCUUGAGACAGGAGGUUCUUCAUUGGCUGAAUGAGGAACGAUUGGUACAGAGACUCACAGAACUCAUCCAUACUGGCAAAGAUGAGGAGAGACAAUCAAAUGCGUCCCAGACGCUUUGUGACAUCAUCCGCCUUAGUCGAGACCAAGCCAGUCAGAUGCAGGAGAAUGUGGAGGCCGACCCACUAUUGGCUGUACUAGAGUCGCAGGACAGUGUAGCAGGGCUUCUCAAAAACAUGUUUGAAGGGGAGAGGAGCGAGGCCUCCAUCGUUAAUGGAACUCAAGUGCUACUUACCUUACUGGAGACCAGGAGGUCUGGAUUGGAAGGGCUGAUGGAUCUGUAUUCUCAGGGUUAUGAAAGGUCUUACACUGUCAACAGCAGUAUUUUAAAUGCCAUUGAGCCCCAUUUAAAGGACUUCCAGCAGCUCCUUCUGGAUCCCCCCAAGAAAAGUGCAAUAUUGACGACCGUUGGCGUUCUAGAGCAGCCACUGGGGAACGCCCGCCUUCAUAUGGCCCGUCUGGUGGCUGCCCUGCUGCAGACCAAUUCACCCAGUAUCUGUCAGGAGCUCUGCAAUCUUGCCACCAUGGACCUACUACUGGAUCUGUUCUUCAAAUACUCCUGGAAUAACUUUUUGCACUUCCAAGUGGAGCUGUGUGUGGCGGCUAUCCUGAACCAUCCUUCCUCAGAAGAACGACCCAGCUUAGGCCUCCAGAACCACGACGGGAAGCCUGCAGCAUCCAACACAGAGGCGCAGGAGGAGGGAGUGGAGACAGGCAGGCCCGUUGACCCACAGACCUCUAUCCAUAAUGCCCUUGUGGCACAUCUCUUCCAGAAAUGUCGUCUGGUUCAGAGAAUCCUUGAUGCUUGGGAGGAGAAUGAUAAAAUACAGGCCGAGGGUGGAACCAGGAGAGGCAACAUGGGUCAUCUGACAAGAAUUGCCAAUAUGGUGGUCCAGAACCUGGAGAAAGGACCAGUACAGACUCAGAUUGCUGACCUCAUCAAAGAGCUGCCAGAAGACUGCAGAGGUCGCUGGGAGAGUUUUGUGGAUGAGACCCUGAGAGAAACUAACAGGAGAAACACGGUAGAGCUGGUAAGCACCCACAACAUGCACUCGUCCAGUGAGGAUGACGACAUGGAGAGCCCCUUCCCCAACGACCUGUCUCUCCAACAGGCUUUCUCAGACUAUCAGAUCCAACAGAUGACUGCCAGCUUUGUUGAUCAGUUUGGGUUCAAUGAUGAGGAAUUCAGUGAGCAUGAUGAAAAUAUUAAUGCCACAUUUGACAGAAUUGCCGAAAUAAACUUCAAUCUAGAUGCUGAUGAUAAUAGUGCCAAUGCGGCUGCUUUUGAAGCCUGCUGUAAAGAGAGGAUACGCCAGUUUGAUGAUGCUGAAGAGGAAGAGGACAUUUGGGAGGAGAAGGAGAUCAACUAUGCAACACAAGCUAAAUCCAGAACAAGGUUUGGGGUCUCCCAAACCUCAGAGGGAAGCUCCAGGAACAGCAUGGAGAACGGCCGGGAGAGAGAUCAUGGAUCUGAAUCCGAUGAGGACGAAGAGUCUGAGCAGAACGUAUCAGAUGCAGGUCCUGGCUGGACGGCAAAUUUCAGGGAUUCUGGAGGGACUGCUGCAUCCCAGACGCCGGAGGGGUGGGACAGCCCAUCUGAGGGUGGAGCACAGACACAGGGAACAGGCUGGGCCAACUUCACUGAGUUCCAACCUUUCUCCGGUACAGAGAAUAAUCCCAGAUGCAGCUCUCCUGUGGACGCGGGCUGCGCUGAUGGAGAUAAACAAGCCAAACAAAACAGUGAGAAGAGUGCAGAUGUUAGUGCCUCCUCUGGGGCUUUGCCAGCAGGAGAAGGUGGGAAGGCUCCACUCGUGGCCUCCGACAGCAGCUCCUCCGGGGGGUCCGACAGCGAAGAGGAUGACAAGAACGCCAAGGCUCCUCCUGCCACGGCUAGCGCCUCAGAAACAGCCAGCAGCACCCCCGGCAACAAGACAGAUGACCUCAAAAGUGAGGAGAGCCUGGCGUCUCUGGAGAAACUCUCUCUGUCAGAUCCUCCUAAAGCUUCAGAGCAGCAGCCUGCUGAGGACUCGCCUGUAAACACACAGACUGACAGGAAAGAGGAAACGCCACCGCCCCAGGAGGUGUCAGUCAACGGGCCGGUGUGAAGGGGCCAAGCGGUGCGCAGAAAUCCAUCAGCGACGCUGCCGCAGACCGUCGGCCUCCUCCAGAGUGACUCCCCCCAAAUAACCUCACUGCAACUACGGUGUUUUUACUGAAUCACUCUGCCAUGUUAUUGGACCUGGACACUGCCAAUCAACACCAAUAAUGAGGUGGCGGAACAUGUAAAAAAAAAAACAAAACAAAACAAAAAAAAAAAACAUGAUAUGCGAUUAAAAACCAACAACAGACAGAACGGAGUAUAGAGGAACCAUCUUCAAAGCCUUUUUUCCGAUGUUGCACAUAAUUACGUGCGGUUUUAAUGUAGCAGCAAUCUUUGAAACGACAGAAUCCGAGGGGUAACAUCGUCAUCGUUAUUUUUUUAUGUCCUGAAAGAUUUCUCUCCUACUCCCCAUUGAUAGAGAUUUUACAUGGUCACCCCUGAAUGGAUAGCACAGGCCAAUUUUUAAACGAUGCCUCAACAAUAAAUACCUGUUUUUGAAAACUUUUUUUUUUCCUUCGAGCUUAUGAAAAGCACUUAUGCAGCCAUUUACUGUACAUUAUAGCACAAUGUAAGUGUUCUACCUUCAUCUCUGCUGGCUGUCUUAUCUGUCCUCUCACACCAAUCGAGGUUUUUAUCCAUCGUUUCCGUUUAGUUUUUUUGUUUUUUUCUCUCUUUUUGUUUUUGGUCGCCGUUGAUGAAACAUCCCUUGUCGUCGUACAUCACCAGGUUUCUGAAUGUUUUGAAGUGCUUUCAGGAGGGUCCGUUGAGGAGGAGCAGGAGGAGGAGGAGCAGGGGGAGGGGAGGGUCGAUGAACAGAGCUCUAAUAGUAUUAAUGUCUUUUGCUCAUGUGCAAUAACAUCAAUUAGCCAUUUUAUUUAAAAAAUGAAAUCCAACAUUUAUUUUCCUUUUUUUAAAAAGAAUCAACUUAGCGUUAAGAGACUCAUUUGGUGUAGUUUUUGGGCAAACAGAUUUGGAUUUUAUCUCACUUUUUAUUUUUAUUUUGUUAUUUUCUUUUUAGUGCAUGUAUAACCAGUUCUCUGUUGACCUAGCUAGUGAGCUAAGACCUUCUGAUUGUAUUGACCUUUAAGUUCUUAUUGCUAUCCCCCUUAAAUCAACCAAACAUUAUCUACCUAUAUACAAAUAUUAUCUACAUUUAAAAGUAAUUUUACAAGCAAUCUUGAGAUUACUAUUGUCUGUUCCUUUUUUUCCCCCCUUUCUCUCUCUCUCUCCACCAAGCACUUACUCACAGGGCGAGAGUGGCAUCUGGGCAGAGUGACGCUGUAUUUUUAUUUUUAUUUUUUGCCUUUAUUAUUAUUAUUUUUUUUUUAAAAAAGUUAAUUUUAUUUUCUUUCUGAGCAGCAGGAUUAGAAGGAAUUCAGGCCUGGGUUUUGCAGAGCUUCAGGCCCCUUUGGUGUACUUACUUAAAUCAUUUGACAGCGAUCAGGUUCUACGAUCAUUGUUAAAAAAAAAAAAAUGAAAUUAAAAGUGUCUGGUUGACCACAUUAAUACCAAAA